AUGAACAAGACGACGGACGUGGUCGCGACGCCGACGGCCGACUACGCCAUGGAAGGCGGCCUCAAGUAUGCCGGCAAGGCCAACUCGUUUGCGCAGAUCCUGCUUCUCGGCCUCAUCUGUUUCGGCUGCCCCGGUAUGUUCAACGCGCUCAACGGUCUCGGCGGCGGCGGUCAGGUCGACGACAAGGUCAGCUCCAACGCCAACGUGGCUCUCUACGCGUGUUUUGCGGGCUUUUCGGUCUUUGCCGGCUCGGUGCACAACUUUUUGGGCCCGCGCCUCACGCUCUUUGUGGGUGGCUGCACGUACGCUCUCUAUGCCGGCUCGCUUCUCAGCUACAACUACACGCAGAACGGCACGUUUGUGAUUGUCGCGGGCGCGAUUCUCGGCAUCGGCGCCGGCCUCCUCUGGACGGCCCAGGGCACAAUGAUGCUUGCGUACCCGACCGAAAACGAAAAGGGCAAGUUCAUUUCGAUUUUUUGGGUCGUCUUCAACCUCGGUGGUGUCCUCGGUGGCUUUAUUCCCUUUGGCUUCAACUACAACUCGACCGCCUCCAGCGUCAACAACGCGACGUACAUUGGCUUUAUCUGCGCCAUGGCCAUUGGCACGUCGCUUGCGCUCGCUCUCAAGGCGCCGUCGACGGUGAUUCGCUCGGACGGCACACAGGUCGAGUACCCCAAGGCCGCGUCCGCGAUGAUUGAAAUCCGCGGGCUCUACGCCGCCAUCUUUGACUGGCGCAUGCUCUGCCUCAUCCCCGCCUCUUCAACGCGGUGA